GACAAGCGCACUUUUAGCACGAUUGGCGAGUUGUGAAAGUGAAAAGUUAAAAUAUUCUACAAUGUGGUUCAAGGCGUUGACUCUUUUCCUGGUCGCGGUCGUCGCCGUUCGCGGAGGAGUGGCUCCACCCGCUUUCCACAUUACGAUGGAGACAUCGUUGGCCGACGUCUUGUUGAACUCUCCUGCUUUCCGGAAUGCCGAAACCUUCAACGCGGGCUGCGUCGAGUACUACAUUCCGGAACUUAAGGUCCAUGCCGACAAGUAUGACGCAGAUAUGAAAGUUUGCACGGAUGAAUAUAGCAAGGGAAAGGCAGGAAUCGAUGCCACAUACACCCUUUCCCGCAAUCAGCUCUUCGACUCGCUUCGGGGUUCCUGCAGCACCCUGCUCGGCUGCGAUAGCCAGACUACCAACUCUGAUGCCUUCACUUGUCUGACCAAAACGUGCCCCAGUGAGAUCAAGAUAAUUAACAGCAUUGCUGACAAUUCCACUGAUCUGAACCAGGAAGUGACCGAAAAGUUCAAAGCUAUUGAUGUCACAUUCCUAAACUGCCAAGUCGUUGCCCAGCGCAUCUACAAGACCAACCAUGGCCAGUGCCUGGAAGAUUUCAACGGUUGCCUGGAUGACCCCAACUGGGACUUUCCUGCCAGCACCGCUCUCUACUGAGAGUCUUAACAUUCUGUCGUACAGGGCAUGGUUACUUCAAAUAUAAAAUUUAAAAAUUGAAAAAAAAUGAAUAAAUAUUAUUCAAGACAGAAGCAAAGCGGUAAAUAAAACGAUCUUGACCCUCGAGAA